UAUGAGAUUGUGAGCAUGUGCAAAUGUAUCAUGGUUUUCUCAUUUAAUUGUGAUCCAAAAAAACAUGCAACUACACUAAGAAAGAAAACCAGUCCUUUAAAAUACAAAAACGAGACUUCCCGUUUUCUUGGAGAAGGGAUGAGUUUCAAAGCAAAACUCAUAGGAAUUUUAGAAGUUUCUGAAGCUAGAGGAGACAGAAUGUGCCAAGAAGCGCUGUCUGAUUUAAAAAUAGCUAUUCGUGCAGCUGGUGAACAUAAGCAAAGAAUUAUUAUCAACGUGGCUAUUGAUGGAUUAAGAUUGCGUGAUGAAAAAACUGGGGAUUCAUUAUAUCAUCACCCUGUCCAUAAAAUUUCAUUCAUUGCCCAAGACAUGACAGAUUCCAGAGCCUUUGGUUACAUAUUUGGUUCACCAGAUACAGGUCAUCGAUUUUUUGGCAUUAAAACAGAUAAAGCAGCAAGUCAGGUCGUUAUAGCAAUGAGAGAUCUGUUUCAAGUUGUAUUUGCAUUAAAGAAAAAAGAAAUUGAACUAGCCAAACAAAAUCUUGAAAAAAAUUAUGGUUUUAACAGAGAUAAUUCCAAUGUAAUACCUGAAAGUGUAGCUUCAGAUAGUAGGGAUAUCAGUUGCAGUAGUACCGUUAAAAAUUCGUCAGCAUUAAAAUCUCAUAGCACAGAAAACAAGUCAAGUACCCCAGUUGUCGCAAAUUUAGUAGACUUGGAAAUCGAACUAACAAACUUGCAACAAGGUAUUUCACAAAUUGAACGACUUACACCCUCCAACGAUCCAUUUGAAGAUAGUUUUAUAAGCUACACUCCGAAACCUUUUUUGCCUCCCCCUCCUGGAAGGGAACGAUCAUACAGAGCAGCAGAUGCAACUGGAAAUUCUAGUUCAAAAGCUCAAACAAUGACGAUCAAUAAAGGAUCUCCUUCUCAAAUGUUAUCCCUUCUCCAAUCAUCCGACGAAUUAACACUGAUUAAGUCUCAUAACGAAUCACACGUUGAGACAGUUGCUGAGGAUUGGUUUAUUUCUUCUGUUACUGGCACAGCAACAACAAAGGAUUCUUUGACACAAUCUCCUUUACAAAAAGAUUUAUCAACCACAUUACAAAGUGAAAGGCAAGAAAAACAAGAUGUAUUGAAGCAGUUUGACGUAUUCACCGAAUUGGAUCCUUUGGGAACUGGCAAGAUAAAACCCUACAUACAUAAACGAGACUUCUUUCAAGACCUAAAAAAACCAAAAAAGGUCUUAAACGAUCUUGUGAACGACAAACAAACGUAUAGUAAUAAUAUCAGUAGUUGUUCUACGAAUGUAAAUGAAAGCUUUAAGUCGGAAUGUAUGGGAUUUGCCACAGAUCCGUUUGGCGAAGAUCCGUUCGUUAAAAGCAAUUCUUUCGCUGAAAAGGACCCGUUCAGCAAAAAUAAUUUUAAUGUAGACUUUGCUGUUUUCAAAAAAGAACAAGGGGCUAGUGAUUUAGUAGACGAUAUGGUGACUUUGGCAUUUUCCAAUUUAAAUGAAGAUUCGUUUGUGGAUACUCAUCAUUUGGAAGGUAAUAUAGAAAAGGAUAUAAAACUAUCAUCCGAGUUUGAUUCAGAAGAUUACAAGAAAAUGUCUCCAGAUAGUGACAACGCACCCAAACCACCCCCUCGACCUACUAAUAACAUAUUAACACAACCGCCGCCCUUACCACCUAAGAAACAACCGGGCGAUUUGUGUAUAAAGCCUCCGCCGCGUCCGCCUCAUUCGGAUGAUUCCCAUUACGACGUAAUAUCAAAGGAAGCGCGAAAUGAUACUGCUUUUAGUGAAAAGGGACCACCGUUGCCUUCCCCUGCCAGAAAAGCGAAAUCGACUCAAUUUUCAUUUGAACAACAAAAAAAGACGCAACAAGUAGAGUCUAGUGAAGAUGAUUAUUUAACUCCAAUCUCAUUUCCUUCAGCGAAGGACUUUUCGUAUGCUGAAAAAAAAUGUUUCUUGCAUAAAAGUGCAGAUGACGUUUCGACCAAUAUUCCAUUUUUUGUUAGAGAAAGUUCGUCCAUUGUUCGUAAUAGCACUAACAUGUCCUUGGCCGACAUCAAUUUUAUGUUAAGUCAAUUAACUUUAAGCGGCUUAAAUGAAUUGGCUACCGAACUGAACAUUCCGUCAGUAAAAUUGAGCAACAUGACUUUGGCGCAAAUAACAAACUAUCUUAGUGGUGUAAUCAAAAAUCUCUCUCAAGAUGACGAUUCGAAACAGCAAGACAAUUCAGACACAUCCAAAGUCAAUUUUGCAGACUUUAGUAAUUUUAAUACUAACGAGACCCAUGACAAAUAUGCCGUUUUUCGUGAAUUAGAAGCGACAGAAUUUAAAGUUAACGUCGAUAAUAAUAUGUCGUCUGCUGAGAAAAACGGCACCGUGGCCUUUUUCUCACAAGAUAGUAUAGAUGACAAAUAUGCUGCACUUCGCGAAAUUACUGAUGAAAAUAAUAAGAAAUCGGAAUACGAAGACCUCAAAAACGAACCCGAUUUUAUUUUUGAGGAAUCGUUUGAUCAUUUGAGUCAAAAAUCGGAUCAGACGAGAAACGAAAGUGGCGGAAGAUUUGUUGAAAAACAGUUGGACAUGUCAGUGGAAAAACAACACAUGAUAUCUCAGUCGUCUUCCGAUGAUAAGAGAGAAUCCCCAAAACAAUUUGAACGUAUCGACGAUGUGUUUGAAGAAGAGAAACUUCAAACUUUCGAUUCGAUUUCAGAAGGCGCCAGUGGCACUUCGCCUGAAAACGACGCUGCAACCGAAGCCAUAAAACGAGUCAAAAGAUCGGAUAAAGAUUGGACCGUCUUCGAUCAGACCAAACCACAAGUAGUUGAGAAAUUAUCAUUACAAAGCGAAGAGGGGGUAUCACCUUGGUCAAGCGAUUCAAAAGAAUUCGGGAACGCGUCUAAAUAA